AGACACGAUUGCAUAUAAACAGCUAAGGGAGCAUGCUUCAAAAUAACUCUCUUAUAAAUAGACCACCAACUAUCCAAACGGGGAUUUCCUUUGAUACGCACAGCAGUGAUUGUGCAACAACCAGAGAGCUGCAGACCAGACUUUGAGAGAAGAAGGACAUUUAGAAGACAACAACAUCCACAAAACUACCAGACCAUCACAAUGUCAGACGAUCAACCAUCUUCACCCUCCAGCAACUCCUUGUGCCCAGGCUGCCAGGGUGAAGGGUCGCUCCUGUUGCCCUGCGGACACAGUCUGUGCCAGGCUUGCCUUGAGUUGUGUCAGCAGGAGCUCGGGCAGGACCAGCCGGGCUGUACGGAGUGCUACGGCCGUGAGCUGUUGGACAGUGUGCUGAAGGGGCUGCUCGACUCACUGUUUGAAGGGCAGCCGCGCCGGGUGGGAAACGCCAUGGAGGGCACAGAGAUGGCAGAGGAUGGAGAUUUGUGCAGACAGCACAGAGAGAGACUGACUCAGUACUGUAUGGAGGACGAAGAACUGAUCUGUGAUCAGUGUCAGGGCGAGGAACACGAAGAUCACGAGUGCAGCUCCAUAGAAGAGGCCACAGAAGAGUGUAAGAGGGAGUUGAGAACAGCUCUUAGACCUCUACAGGAGAAACUGGAGACAUUAAACACAGCCAAGCAAACCUGCCAGGAAACUUCAGAACACAUCAGGAGACAGGCACAGAACACAGUGCGUCUGAUAAAGGAGAACUUUGAAAUGAUCCAUCAGUUCCUGCAUGAUGAGGAGAUCUCCAUGCUGAGAGCUCUGAGUGAGGAAGAGGAGCAGAAGAGCCAGAACAUGAAGGAGAAGAUGGACAGACUAACAGAUGAGAUCAUGACAUUAAGAGAAGCUAUUAGUUCAACAGAAGAGGCCAUGAGUGCUGAUGAUAUGGUAUUCUUGAAGAAUUACAAGAAGGCAUCAGAACGGAUGAACUGCACUGUGCAGGAUCCAGGAGAUAUCUCAGGAGCUUUGAUUGAUGUGGCCAAACACAUCGGCUCGCUCAAGUUCAGAGUGUGGGAGAAGAUGCAGUCCGCUGUCACAUACACUCCUGUGAUCCUUGAUCCCAACACCGCAGACGUCUGCGUCACUCUGUCUGAUGACCUCACCACCAUCCGCUACAGCGAAGAAGACCAACAGGUCCCGGACAACCCCGAGCGCUUCUGCUUCUACGAGUGUGUCCUGGGCUCCGAGGGUUUCAGCUCUGGUCGCCACAGCUGGGACGUGGAGGUGGGAGACUGCAGCGAAUGGGCACUGGGAGUGGUUAAAGAAAGCGUCCAGCGGAAAGAGUGGUUUCCCCCGAGCCCCGAACGCGGCAUGUGGAUCAUCUGCCUGUACGGAGGAGAGUAUCGCGUGCGUUCGGCCACCAACGCUCCUCUGACACUGAAGAAGAAACCUCAGAAGAUACGAGUUCAGCUCGACUGGGAGGGCGGCAGAGUGAUGUUCUCGGAUGCCGGCGACAACUCGCUGCUAUACAAGUUUAAGCACAAGUUUACGGAAAAGAUGUUUCCGUAUUUCUCCAAUACAUGUAAAAGACAACCGCUGCAUAUUUUAGCAGAGAAGGUGUCUGUGUACACGGAGUAACUGAAGCAUCUCAGCAUUAGAUCAAAGGACUGAACUAGCACAAGAAAGACUUAAGAUUUUUUUAAUGGUAGUGUGUGUGUUUGUGUGUGUGUGUGUGUGUGUGUGUAUAUAUAUAUAUAUAUACACACUACCGUUCAAAAGUUUGG